AUGAACGUGCCCGGCUACGUGCCGGCCGGCUUCGUCCGCAAGCCGCGGAGCCCGCAGGACGAUGAGCUCCUGCUCCGGACGCCGCCGCCGGCGGCGCCGCGGGCGACGACGAGCCGCGGCGUCAUGACCGACGGGAGCGAGGACGCGGCGCCGCGGGCCGUCGCCGACGGCCGGCGCUCGGCGCCGCGGUCCGACGCCUUCGGGUCGCCGCCGCCGCUCCUGUCGCUGCCGCCGCCGCCGCCGACGCCGCCGCCGCCGAGCCCGCCGCUGACGUCGCCGCCGAGCCCGUGGCCGAGCGCGGCGCCGCGGCCCGACGCGGCGCCGCGGACCGUCGCCGACGACCGCUGCGAGGCGCUGCUCCUGGGUCCGCUGCCGACGGCGCGCGCCAUCGACGUCGGCCGCAACGGCGCCGCGUCGCCCUGUCUGUCCGGCUGCUCGUCGCACCGCUGCGGCGCCGACGGAAGCGGCUCGCCGCUGAGCCACCGCGUCGCGUUGACCUUCAACGAGCUCAAGGCCCGCGCGCACCAGCAGGCCGUGCUCGUCGACGCCAUGCGCCGGGAGCGCCAGGUCGCGCGGUCGCAGCUGGCGAUCCUGGAGCGCGAGCGCGACUACUACAAGUCCGCGCUCCGGUCGUCGCUGGCCUGGGCCAAGGGCAUGCAGAGGCAGGCCGACCAGCGGGCCGACGAGCGGCGACGGCCGCGGCCGCGCAUCACGCUCGACGCGCCGCCCGGCGUCGCGCGCGGGCUCGGCGCGCGGCGCGCCGCCGCGGACGGCGGCGCCGCGGCGGCCGCGGCGGCGACGCCGAGGAAGCGCGCGCCGCGCGCCGCGCGGGCGGUCACGCCGGGCGGGCGCGCCUGGACGCCCCUCGUCACCAUCGCCCGGGACUCGUCGCCGCCGCGGCCCGCGCCCGCCGCGCCGCCGGCCGCCGCGCCGCCGGACGUCGCCGCGCGGCUCGCGGCGCGCCGCAAGGUCCACCGGUCCGCCAUGCUCGCCCAGCUCCGGCGGGCCGCGCGCCUCGACGCCGCCGCGGAGCACGACGCGGAGGCCGCCGACCCGCUCCGCCGCGAGGCCGCGUACCACGCGGGCCAGGGCCGGCGCGCGCGGAAGCCCAAGGCCUACCUCAUCGAGUCCAUGGCCAACUUCACGAUGUGGUGGCCGUCGAGCAUGGGCGGCGUGCAGAUCCAGGCGGACCACCUCGGCGGCGGCCUCGUGCGGCGCGACACGAACGAGGAGCGCGCGCGCUUCUUCACGGACGCCGCGUCGCGCGGCGUCGGGCGCGCGCUCCUCGAGGACCGGCGCGCGCCCUUCGAGCACUUCUUCCCGCGGAAUCUCUUCCUCAGCGCCGUGCACGCCGUCGCGUUCACGGCCGCGCCGGCGCUCGCGGCCGCGACGCCCGGGCCCGACGCGCCCGACGACGAGGAGCUGCUGGACUGGGAGAAGCUGGCCGAGGAGCUCAAGGACUUCAAGCAGCGCGCGGCGGCCAUGCUCGUGCGCGUCCUCGGCUGCACGUCCCUCAAGCGCGCGCUCGAGGCCGCGUGCGUCAAGUACUGCGCGCUGCCGACGGCCGACAAGCUCGUCAAGGACGCGUCCAAGUCCGCGCUGCGCAAGGCGGCGCGCCACGGGCGGCUCGGCGCGUCCUACCGCAUGCUCGCGACGGCGGCCUACGCCAACGCCCUCUCCUACGUGUCGAACCUCGCCGUCGAGGAGGCGUGCUUCCUCGCGCAGUACGCGCGAGAAACGAAGGCGGACCCGCGCGCGGAGCUCGCGCACCGGCGCAAGCUCAAGAAGCAGAGCGCCGCGGCCCUCGUCGGCUACGGCGCGGCCUACACCUUCGCGACGCGCCGGUCCGGGUCGCGCUACUUCGUGCACCAGCUGUCGACGCACCCGGAGAUCGUCAGCGACGGCGAGCUGUUCGUGGGCUGGGGCGGCGAGGGCGGCCGAGGCUACGCCGACUUUGGCCCCAUGAAAAAAGAAAUCGAACAAUCCUUCGACCGCCACUGCGCCAUCGCCGGCACGAAGUUCGCGGGCUUCAAGUGGAUGACGAACCAGGGCCACGACGAGCGGCGCCACGCGAUCAAAAAGUACAUGCUGAACCGCGGCGUGAAGCUCGUCUACCUCUGGCGGCGCAACGUCCUGCGCCAGUUGAUCAGCAACCUCGCGAACCGGCGCACGGUCGGCCUCGCGCACCCGGAGUCGCGCGAGGACGCCGCCAAGGCCGACGUCGAUCUGGAGUUGCCCGCGGGCGGCGACCUCAUCCACGCGCUGAAGAAGAUCGAGCGCCAGCGCCGGCGCGUCCGGUCCUACUACCACCCGGAAGUCAAGGAGACGGCCGUCUUCUACGAGGACCUCAUCGCGGGCAGCCCGCGGUACAACGACUCGUGGGCGCGCGUCGUCAAGUUCCUCGGCGCGGCGCCCCACGCGUUCGAGCCGAGCGCCGCGGACACGGUCAUCAUCCACCAGAGCCGGCCGACGCUCGCGUCCGUGCGCAACGCCGACGAGGUCCGGGCGACGCUCGAGGCCGCGUGCCGCAACCAGCGCGACCGCGAGGCGCACGCGCACGUGGCCGCGGACAUCCUCGUCGUCUGCGACGAGCUCCAGCGCGAGUACGGCGCGUUCCCGGAGGCGCCGCCGGCCGCGGGCUACGUGGCGACCUAA